UGGCGGCGGUUGUUGGAGUUGCACGUGUCUCUCUCUCUGUGCGUGUGGGGUGCGGUAACUGGUUGCUGGCCAUCAUCCACCGCCACCUCGUGUGUGUGUGCGCCAACAGUGACCGGCCUUCAUAAGGUUGCUGCUCGCGAACAUGCAAAUUUGCCCCGACAGCCUGUUGUUACGGGCUGCUCCACGGAGGAGGAUAUUUUUCUAACUGUAUUUGUGUAACUUCUGCCCGUGGGGUAGCUUCUCUCUGGCAGGCUUGCUCGCGUCGUCCCGAAGCGCCGGCCGUGGUGGAUUAGUUUUGUUAUCCGAGUUCCCCCACCACCACCACCUCCGAACGUGGGGGGAGGGUUUAUGUCACGCUCGUUCCUUACCUCACGGCUAACGUCGUUAUCGCCUUCACGUUAUUAAUUGACGAGUCUGUGCUCUAAGAUUUAAAUGUUGGUGCGUUAACGCCGCCCCUAGUCGUCGGUGGUGGGCGCAGUGCGGCGUGACGCAUUCCUCGGCAAGGCCUCGAUUUAAAAAAAAACAUUCACGUUAGGCGAAUUUUCCGAGCCACGUUUAAGCGAAUGCGUUACGUGCUAAAAUGUAUUUGACAAAAAAACCCGCGAAAUGAAUGACUUGAGCAUAUAUUAUUAAACUGCGACUGCCGUCCGCGUAAAAAGUUUCGCUUAAGUGGGUUACGUAACAUGCCGCUGUGGGCCCUCUGUCCGCGUCGGCUGGUCGCCCGCGUCUCCAUGACCCAUAACAUGGCCUUGACUCUGCUCACGUUUCGUUCAUUCACAUGCCCUCUCGGCUCCCAGGUGCACUGUAAUGUAAACCCGUUGACCUCUAGUCGCGACCGAAUGCCCUCCAGAUUUGGCCCAUUGCCCUCAGUUUCAUCCUCACGCUCAUUAGGGCCGUUAAAUGUAAUUUGGGGCCCAAAGCCCUUAAUUUCGGCUAGCCCAAUGCCCUCUAGUCAUAGCUCAAUUCGUGGAGGAAUGCCCUCAUGGCUAUCGAGCCCCUUGCCUGCCACCGAUUGGGACGUAAAACCUUUAAUCUCGGCUAGACGAAUGCCCCAUAGAGGCCCAAUGCGCUCCAAGUGGCCAUGCAUUUCAGUGGCCUCAUUGCCACCACCUCCGCCACCCUGCCGUCUAUUUUCCACCAUGGCUUGCUGGUCCAGCAGCGUGUUUGUUCCUCGCCGCCUGUGGCUGCCCUCACCGGGUGCUGCCCCUGUCUCUGGGUCUGCCAAGCGUGUUCUGUACGAGCAAGGACAGUCACCCGAGCCGGGGAUACGCGAGUACUUCUACUACAUUGAUCACCUGGGCCAGCUCUUCCUCGAUGAUGCCAAAAUCAAGAAUUUCACUUCAUGCUUUAAAGACAAGAAGUUCUUGGUGUUCUUUUUCCGCCGGCUCCAGGCCAAUGGCACGCCACGGUACAGGAGCGAGUUUCCCUGGCUGUCGCUGUGCGGCCGCGAACGCAACUACAUUCACUGCGACGACCGCCCCGUCGUCUUCACGGAGCUGCUGACGCCGCCGGGCGUGGGUGCCAGCGGCCGGCAGGAGCUGGCGUUUGGCCGUGCUGGGUCGGCGCUCACGGUGCCCUUUGAGCCGGAGCAGCUGUGCAUGUCUCGGGCGAGCGGACGCGUCUACCACCCGGCAGCGGAGCGAUUCGGCGGAGUGGGGCUCGUCUCCUCGGACCUGGCAAUGAGGCUGAGCCCCUUCUUCCACUACGAGUCCGACGACGAGAGCGUUCCGCCCACACACUUCGAGUGGCAAGGGCGCACCUACGAGCUAACCAAUCAGCUCUGGGACGCGCUUAUGGAAGGGGAGGCGCCGUCAAAUUCCAGCUGAUUGGUCGAGACAUAACGAUGUAAGACACCUAUUUGGUGGACCUGGAACAAUAUCAAUUAAUUUCCAAAGCAAAAGCGUUAAAAUUCUGAUGAAUGGCUGGCCUUUGGCACCAGACACUGCAUUGGCUGAAUAAUUAUAGCACUCAUGGUCAGACAAUUGACCUAUAUGUCAUGACACCUUAUUUUCCAAAUGUACUGUUAUGGGAUCUUUAUUUAGUUCUGCACAAUUGUCUAAAAGAUUGCUAAACCGAUUUCUAUUAAUACCAGUCAACUGUUUGGUUUGAGACUAAAGUACGGUAUUCUCACUCUCAUUUGUCACAUCAGCAUUGAUACAUUUACACACUUAACAAUAUUUUGUAGUCAUACAUUAACUUAAGUGUAUUGUAUGUGGUCAGCAGUUGGUAUACUGUACGUGGAAAAGUGUAUUAAAGGACUAAUUUUGGGAUCACUGCUUUAAGGCCAAGUGAAAGUUCAGUGGUUAAGGAUCCAUUUUACUAGCUUCAGAAAACAAUGGAGGUGCCGGGUUUAAAGGGUCAUUCGUAACGAAUGUUACGUUUUUUUCUGAAGCCAAACCUACCUUUAUAUUUCACUUACCAAACUGGGUUAUGUAAAAUGCCAUUGUUUGAUGAUGCGAGUGUAAGUGGGCCACACAUUUACUAAUCUAGCAAAUACUUCCUCUGGCCAUGUCUCUUGACUUUAAUACUCUAAAAAACACGCUAUAUCGAUGUAGAUUAAUUCAGUCCCAGUCACAUCCAUUACUCAAUAUCAAGAGACUGUUUUCACCUGGAUUGGUAGGGGCAGAUAGGAAGUGUGGUAGCAGGGAGUAUGUUUCAGUUCUGGAUUGUCUGGUGGAGCAAGUCUAUGGGGUAAAGUGCAUUUAUGAAGAUCAGGAGGGAGUGUGUUAACUGCUGUGAAAAUAAAAUGCGUCUACCCAAGUGCCUUUUAAUCUAAAUGGAUGUCACUACAUUUUAACAGGCGUCACCAGAAAAUAUUUCUGGAAAGGAAUAAUAAUGAACGAGAUGUUUGAAGUCUGUAUGACAGUUGGAAUUCAUGCAGAGUCCUAAAACAAUGACAUCAUGUAUGUGAAGUCUGGUCAUUUUGCAUGCGUUGCAUUUAAAUAUUUGCCGCAAGUGCAGUUAUUUGUAAAGUGGAUUGUAGUUUAAUUGCUAAAGGAAUUGACAAGAAUUGAGCGUAGAGUUAAAGGUUCAAGCGUCCAGUUCUUUAAACAUUUAUUUAAAUUUCACAGUAAUGAAGUCCCCACAGGGGUACUUGCAUUUUUCAUGUUUUAACAAUCAUUCUGUCAGCAACACUAAAACCACUGUACACAAUUAUAAUUGACGUUCUACCCAGUCCAAUAUGCACUUUUCACCUGGCUUGCUCCACCUCCCCUUUGGCUGAAAUAAUUGGGUUGAGAAACACGACCAUGAAGGACGCUCAACCAUCAUGUACAUUCGCUCAUCUCCGUGGUCGCGUGGAUUUCUCUUUGGGUCCUCAGGUUUCUCCCUCCACAUUUAGAAACGCGUUUAGUAUUUGGCUGCUUUAAAUUUCCACUAAAUUGAGCUAUCAUUUAUGGCCAUGUUGCUUCUGAAAAUAAGCUAUUUUGCUCAGUGGGCCUUACCUGAUAAAAUAAAAGUUUAGUUUAUUAGAUAUUCUGGGAGAAGGUCCCAUCCAAGUCCUGUCCUGACAGUUAUAGCCGAUUUAUAUAGACCGCACAAUAAUCAUACCGAAUAUUACAAAAGUAUAGUUAUUAUUGACCAAAUUCUUACCUUGUAAUUUCAGUAUUCCCUUAUUUUAAAUAUAUACAAAUGACAUGAGGAUGCCAGUCUAGCUGUCAUGAAGUAACUAAUUAUUUGGCCAGUUUGCAGCUCUUGAUCAGCAACAAAGGACAUUUGUGGCAUAAUUUGUGGUUUAAAAUACAUGUCUCGUGAGCGUGUGGACGAAUUCUCACACAUGGAACAUGCUGAACAGGAAAAUAGCACCGCUCAACUGGCAAAGAUCUCAUGAUAUGCGCAUACCAAUUAUUAAGAUGUUAAACGAACAAUUAACCCUAUGACUGUAACUGAGCAAUGUGAUAUCUAUAUUUAAAAUGCAAUUUGGGAAAUUGGAGAGUGAAGGGAACCCAUGGAUUUGGGUGAAAUAAUGUGCAGGAAAAAAUGCAACGUUUUUCAGUUUUAAUAAUAUUUUGGCAUGGCUUUGCAAUACCCCGCUAAAGCCAAUCUCAUCAGCCCUGAAAGAAGGCACUACCAUCUGUCAAAUUUUCCAUUGUUCCAACUGCUUUCAGAGCCUGGUCAACUAAGAUGACCCACAUUGUCAUCAUUUCAUAAGGGACCAGAAGCAUUUGAAAAUAUGGCCAGACAAUACAAAUAUAGCACUUGUAUAUUGACAUUUUAGUUUUUUUACCACCAAAAAAAUUGCUGAAAAUGAAUGUUAUUCCUAUGGGAAUAUAUUGCACUAGAUACACAAUGUGCAAAUACUGUACGCAUAUCCUUCAUAAAUAAAGUCGAACCAGGAGUGUUAAAUGAA